UAUAGUAUUUGUUUCAUACGUCAAUGAUUACCCUCUUUAUGUUCUUUCUCUCUUUUCUCUCUUCGUUCUUUCUUCUUUCUUUCUCUUAUAUGAUUCCCGUGCAUUGAUGGCAGGGUGGAGUGGAAUGCGCUGUCAAUUAGUUUAUAGGUCUAUGCAUAUAACAUUAAAAACGUAUCGCUAAUUUUUUUAGUGAUAAGUUCUUAUGUCCUAUCCAUUUUUAUAUUAUCUAAGAGUCCAAAGGGCCCCCGGGUUUCACUUAGAGCUAGUAAUAAUAAUAAUAAUAAUAAUCUCCAAGGAGAUUAAAGACUAAUUUUAAUUUUGAUGUACCCAACCUAACUUGAUUACAUGUUAUCAGUGAUCACAUUAUUGUUCUUUAUUCUUUGUUCUAUAGGUUUUAACCAAUUUUUUUCAAACAUAUUUUUCGACCCAUGUAUUUCUUAUGGAAUGAACCGUGAUAACAGCUUGUUUUGAACCGUCGGUCUUAUCAAUAGACAAUUUGACGUCACUACUAUUUGUGCCUAUUAAAGAAUUCUUUAAUAUUUAUUAUUUGUAUACAUUUUACUUCUUUGAGAUACGACGCUAUAUUAUUCAAUAUUCAUCAUAUUUAAGAUUUACUUAGUUACAUUUUCGUAAAUUAUAAAAACAGUACAACUUUGAAUAAAAUUGGUCCUUGUCAGCUGUUGAUCAAAAUGAUGGACAAUUUGGAACCUCUGAACACCGAUGGUGGUCGUACAGUAAAAAUGGAUGUCCACUACAGUGCUAUGUGUGAUGAAACAAUUGCCGUCGCCGAAAGUUUGGCAGCCAGCGGUAAACUACCAGAAGCAUUGUAUAUGUUACUCAUGCUUGAAAAACAAACUAGAAACGGAUCUGAUAUAGCUUCAACUGGUCGACUUUUGGUGGCUAUAGUAAAACUAUGUUUUCAAGCUAAAGAAUGGGCAUUACUUAAUGAACAUAUUUUUCUGUUAAAAAACAGAAAAUCACAGUUGGAACUUGCGGUUAGAGCUAUGGUCGGAGAAUGUUGUAUAUUCAUUGACCAAAUGCCGGACGAAAAAACAAAAUUGAAGUUAAUUCAAUCUCUUAGAAUCGUUACUGAAGGACAGAUAUCUAUGGUAUUGGAUAGAGUUCAACUCACACAAAAGUUGGCUCAAAUUAAAGAAGAUAAAGGUGAUGUAACUGGUGCUGAAAGUAUCACUCAAGAAUUGCAGGUCGAGGCUUAUGAUUCUAUGAAAACACAAGAAGAACUCAUUUAUGAACAGUUUCGAUUAUGUUUGGCUAUGCAAUUUGAAUCAAUUACCUCAUGAAGCUACCAACAAAGAAGAAAUGGUCCAUAAACAUUUACAGACUUGUUAGAAAAAUAAUUAACUGUAAAUUUCUUCAAAAACACAAAUUUAAAAAUAAUUUAUAUGUUUUUUUUUAAUUAUGAUGAAUUAUAACCAUUUAAUAAAAAAUAUAAAUUAGAUUAAAUAUAUAAUAAAAAUGAAAUUAAUUAAUA